AUGGCCGAAGACCACGGCAUGGUCGAAGACUACAGUGCGGGCGAAGACCUCAGCAUGGACGACCUACCACAGAACUCGAAGAGAGAGUCUAAUGUGGUCUCUACGCACAAUCAAUUGCUGGACGCGCUCACUACAUUUUUGACCGUCACCACACACCAUAUUCUCUACCUCCGUCGGCUUUAUCCACCAACCUCCUUCCUUUCCACUCGAGCGUACAACUACCCCGUCCGCCAAAAUCGGCAUCCGAAAGUGUGUGCGUGGGUCAACGAUGCUAUCGCCGCGGUUCGUGAUCAGUUGCAGAAGGAUGUGGUCGAAAAGCUUUCACUCUGCAUAUACGAGUGCAAGGGCAAUCGCGUUCUCGAACGCUGGACAUUCGAUCUUCGAUCGUUGCCUCAGGUUAUUCAACGCGAAGAUGACAUCCCUAUCGAGCCAAAACCGCCAAACGAGGACGACGAUGGCUACGACGACGAAGAAGAAGACGACGACGAUGGCGAUAUCCUGCUUGAACAACUCAAUCUGGCUGACCUGGAGGCCCAUUUCCGUGCCACCUUGUGCCGAGUUGCCACCUCAGCAGCCCGACUCAGACCGUUGCCUGAGGGGCCGGGGGUUCCCGAGUGCAGCUUUACCCUUGCUCUCGAGGUCAAGGACGAGGCUGACCGGCCUGUUGGUCGCCUGGAGAAAAACGAGCGGAAGUGGAUGGCUGCGGAACAAGCGUCGGCUCUCAACCGUCCACGUCCUCCGGUUCCUCAGGCAAAGUCACAGCAAGACGAGCAGACCCUAGACAAACCAUCGCCCAGAACACAUCCGGUACGCCUUUUGGAGGUCGGGGAGCUUCAGAUGGAAGUCUGGGUGGAAGAAUCCGCAGCUAAAUUUGAGUUCGAUCUUCCAACACCUGCGCCAAACCCAUACCUACCUCCAAAACAGGACACAGCCAAAGUGACUCACACUGCGGCGAAGGAUUAG